UGAGCUGCCCCGUGAUUGGAUGCCACGCCCGCCGCUCACAAGUCUCGGCCCCGCCCUCGGGCCCUCUGUGUGUGUGUCAGUAGCGCUUCCCCUGGCUCGGAGAGUCGCUCGCUCGGUAUCGGGACAAGGUCGACGUGAUUAAAAAUGGGCGCCAGGGACGACGAGUAUGACUACCUGUUUAAAGUGGUUCUGAUUGGAGACUCUGGAGUGGGGAAGAGUAACUUGCUGUCUCGUUUCACUCGCAAUGAGUUCAACCUGGAGAGCAAAAGUACCAUUGGGGUGGAAUUUGCAACUCGGAGCAUCCAAGUUGAUGGCAAGACCAUAAAGGCACAAAUUUGGGACACAGCAGGACAGGAAAGAUACAGAGCCAUCACAUCUGCUUAUUACAGGGGUGCUGUGGGUGCUCUCCUGGUUUAUGAUAUUGCCAAACAUCUGACAUAUGAAAAUGUGGAGCGCUGGCUUAAAGAACUGAGAGAUCAUGCAGAUAACAACAUAGUUAUAAUGCUGGUUGGGAACAAGAGCGACUUGCGUCAUCUCAGAGCGGUCCCAACAGAUGAAGCACGGGCUUUUGCAGAAAAGAAUAAUCUGUCAUUCAUAGAAACCUCUGCUCUCGAUUCAACAAAUGUGGAAGAAGCCUUCAAAAACAUUCUUACAGAAAUAUAUCGCAUAGUUUCACAGAAGCAGAUUGCAGACAGGUCAGCUCAUGAUGAAUCCCCUGGUAACAAUGUGGUGGACAUCAGUGUACCUCCCACCACGGAUGGGCAGAAAUCCAGUAAACUGCAGUGCUGUCAGAAUCUGUGACUUGACCACACGCACCCAACUCGGGAUUAUGCUGAAGAACACUCCUGUUUAUCCUUCACUUCUCUCUGUGCACUUCUCCUCGUUUGAUCAAAGAGCUGAACCAGACCUGCAACUGCAGUGCUUGGAAUUGCUUCCACUCAUUGGAUGGGUGUUUUGCAGUGGGAUGAAGGUUGCUCACUGGACAGAGGCCUUGCUAAUUUCAAGGAAGUCUGUUUCAUUCAAAUGUUUUUGUUAAACUUUUUUUUUCCCCUUACUUCUUUUCAAGCAAGUGUGCUAUCAUUUCACGGUCUAUCAUUUCUAAUGAAUGUCAUAACUGUUUCAAUUCUAAUGAGUCUUUUUAUUGUUCAGAUGUUUCAUAACUAUCAAUUCACUGUAUUUGGUUCUAUUUGAAAGAAUGCAGACCACCUUGUUUUAUGUUUUCACUUUUCGACAGUGUCUUAUUUCAAGAAUGUAAUAGUUUUUUUCAGAAGUGUCUAUAAACCUCAAGGUGGGGCAGCAGUUCUUGUAACACCUAAAUAUUUCAGUCACCUGUCUAAAUAGAAGAGAGGAGGUACCAUACAUAGUUUUGAAAACUGAGACCAUUCUCUCAUGUUCCAUCAACUUUCCUGCAUUAAAUUACAUACCAUUCCGCAGUUCUUAUCCAAUCGGAAAGCUCAUCUUUGGUAAACAGAGCUGCUUUAGAUACAUAAUUAAUAUUGUGUUUUGAGUGUUACUGGCAAAGCACAUGGAAGCCUGUUUUUCAAUAGAGAUUGUUUUUUGUAUUGUAUAUCUCUAUGCUGCAUUAAGCGGGAACAGUGAUUUUCAUCACCUGAUUUUAUCCCUAUGGUCUUGGUUUUCUAGAAGGCUUGAGGCUUGUGCUUUUUUUUUUAUUUUUUUUGCGCAUGUGUCCUUUGGAGUAGAAGGGGUAGAAUCUUACUGUAAAUAACGGUUUCAAGGUAUUGUAACUUUAUUUCUAAGCAGUAUUGUUCCACAGUGUAUCUUCAGUCCAUGAUUUAUCAUGCACUACAACCCAGGAUUAAAGGGCUGAACGUAAAGAAAGUGGUUGAUAUUUACCUGGAUUAAAUGUCUAAUAACAGGGGUAAGGAGGUUUAAAAUAUAUCAUCUGUCAACGAAUUCAGAAGUGGCAUCUACUUAAGUAAUUUUGUAUAUCUAUUAAAGGGGCAUUCAAUGCACCAUAAUCACUACAGUAUGUGAGUGCCUUCCCUCCAAACACACCCACACAGGACCAUUUUUUAAAGGUUUGACCUCUUACCUGGGAUCCCCCUGGCUACCUGCUUGCACUACUUUUUACAGGCCGUUUUUAAAGCGAGAUGGGAAUCUGUAUGAUAUUAUGCACAUGGAUUUUAUGACUUAUUAAUGGAACACUAAAGUGGCUAUGGUGCAAUCCUACAGUAAGUAGUCCAACUGUUUUUGUACGAUUUGGCAAAUGCUUAAAAGAUUCUGGCUCUCUGGUAAAAGUAGUGUACUGGGGGAGUUUUGCCCUGGCAGAAAACAGUUUGAUUACCUACAAUGUUGCAUAGAGUGUUCCUUUAAAUAUAUUGAUCUACAAAUGUCUAUUUUCAAUUAUUUUUAAACUGGAAUGAUACAUGGUUUUUAAUGUGUAUAUUCUCAUACAAAUGUGCAUAUUAUGGCUUAUUAGAGGAACAUUACAGCCCACUGUAGGGGCUAUGGUGCCAGGAGUGACUUGAUGUCAUUCCAGAGUAAGCCGUCUUGAAUAUGGUUUGAUUAUUCGCCUACUUACUUCAGUACCUAAACCACCUCUGAUCUUCUGCAGUAGAGGCAGGAUGUUUCUAGAGCAGUGGUUCUCAAACCAGUCCUCAUUGCCCAGCAACAGUCCAUGUUCUUGUCCGUAUCUCCAUUGGAAUUAACAAAGGAAAUACAGAAAUCCUCAAUUAUUGGUGGACCGUGAGGAUUGUUUGGCAACCACUGCUCUAAACUGAAGCAUGGUUUAGCUGCCACUCUUGGCCAGUGAGCGUAGUCCUGUAUUGUCCUACUUAGCGCAGUAGCGCCAACAAUAUUUUCCUCUGGAGAAGACCACGAGCAGUUCCUGCAGAUGUCUGGUGGGCCCCAGGCAAGUUGUCAAACCAUACUAAAAUGGUUUGACUGCUUACUGGUACCAGGGUACUACUGGCUACAUAGUCAUUACAGCUGCAGUGUUCCUUUAAACCAAAAUUGUGUGGAGGCAGAGGGUUUUUAUUCUUUCCUCCUGCUUACCAUACUUGCUUGCCUGUUGCAGUCAAUAUUUAUUGUACAGAUAUCCAGUCCACUAGUGCUCUCUCUCUCUCUCUCUCAUGUGGCUGUCUCCGCUAUACAGGCCCAAUAUGGAACAGGGAAGGUACAAGCUAUUCAUGGUGCCUUGAUCUCUUAUUCUUCCAUGAGGUGUGUGUUGUGUAGUUUGAAAUCUAAUUAUUCCAGGAACCAUCCUAUACCUGAACCAUCCUAGACCAAAACCAGGUCUUGUGAUAGACUUCCUCAUGACGUAGAUUUAUUGGAUGAUGCUUCUGCCUCAAUACAUAAUGUGAAGUUUGCUGGGAACUAUGUUGAGGUGCUUUAGCAAUUCAAUCUCUAGUUGUUCAUGUUGGCCUUUGUAGUCUGGCAUGGGGGUUAUAUCACCCCUCCAUUCUUUUUAUAGUGUUCAACAUCUUUCUAAAUAUGUUAGUUUCAAAAUGAACCCAGCAUUAAAAUUCAAGAAUGCUCAAAAGUUCUAUUUCCAUUUGGUUAUACACAUCCAUCACAAUACUGUCAUACUACAUAUUAACAUUUUAUUGUAAUAAAUUUUAAAACCUUGCUACACAUACAA